UAAGAUUAAGAAAAAUUUUGGAGCUGGUGUAGGCAACUUCUCACACUCUAUACUAUUGACAUCCCCGAUCUUGUCAGCAACCUCAGCCCCUGCUACCGAGCGCUGCUGGAGCACAGGGCCCUUGGCCCAUAUGUGUCUCUCGUGCUUGGUAAUCGCCUCCGGCUUGAUAACUUCUCCACCGAACCAGAGCCAUAUAUGGCACCGAUAUCUAUACCUGUGCAUGAGCAUGGCUGCUUGUCAGGCCAGAGCAUCACCCACCACCCGGUUCUUCUGUGACCGCCGGUGACAUCCUUAUAUUGAUGGGUAGAAUCUAGGACACGCAGAAUGAUCUGCCAAGGAUGACAUGAGGAGAGCUUGGCGCGCCGAUAACCCGAUCUUAGGGCAAAUUGAAGGGCCAGAUGAAGAAAAAUGCUAAUAAGAGGCAGCCAUGUCAAACGAUGGAGGUUGAGAUCACGGGUACAUGUCCUCAGUCGGUCAUUGCCUUUCAUGAGCACAAGCCAAAAUGACGACAAUGUCGGUGGGUGGAUGAGGCAAUUGGUUCGGCUUUUCUGUUACUCCCCAAGUCAAGUUGGAAGUUCUGUCGGUGCCGACUUCGUGCCUUUCCUGCCGAGCGAUAAGCUUCUUCAGUAUAGUGGAACGAUGAUAUCCCAACUUCUAGAGAAACAGAAGAAGAAGGUUUGGCUCAUUGAUGACCAACCUGACCUUUCCUUAGGACCCCCGCAGUUCCAAAAUGGGAGCUCCAAUUCUUUGUCCUCAGAAUCGGAAGCAAAUUCAAGCAGGAAGAGGAAGAACUGCUGGGAAGCAGUCCAGAAUAGCGUUGAGCUUCAUCUUACAGAUCCCUUACCAGUUGAUUGGGAGCAGUGCCUAGACCUUGAGUCAGGGAGGAUGUACUACAUAAACAGGAAUACCCUAAAGAAGAGCUGGAGCUGUCCCAAAAACCAGAAACUAGACCUGGAGCUAAACAUGUCACCACUUUGUGAUAGUGGUGAGAGCUAUCAAAUGCACAUGGACUCGAACCUGGCAGCAGGUUCUAACAGCAACAGCAACAUGGUGGCGAUAGCAUGCUCAAGAUGCCACCUUCUGGUCAUGCUCUCAAAGUCCUCCCCUGCUUGCCCCAACUGCAAGUAUGUGCAUUCAUUGGCGACGAGCCCACCUUCCAAAGUUGAAGCCACCAAGACCCCGGAAACGUUGAGCCUCCUGAGGUAGAUUCAAAGCUUUUAGGCACCCUGGAGAGCAUCAAAUUAACCCUAUAAUGGCUGUUCAUAUUUCACCUGGUCUAGGCUUCAAUGAAAGGAAUGUGGGUUUUAUUCGUCUUCAAUUUGCAAUAUAUGUACACAAUAUGUACUAAAAUAGUAAAAUCCAACCCCGUUGUCCUCA